AUGAUUGCUUCUAACAACAAGCCUUCUUUCGCACGCUUCAAUGCUACCGCUACCUCUACUGAUGUUCUCGUCGAGACAAUCCGUCGAGACGGGGGAGUGAUCGUAGAGAGCCUCAUCACCCGCGAUGCAGCCGAGCAAAUCAAACAAGAUCUGCGGCCACACUUCGACAAAGAUACACCAGACAAGUAUGGUCUGUUCCCUCCGACAACCCAGCGUGCUACCGGUCUGCUAGGCAUCUCGGAUGCCUGCAUCGAAUUGGCAUGUAAUCCAACCUAUAUCAGCAUCGCCAAUGCACUUGUCUCGUCCAGUUAUUCCUUCUGGAGGGGUGAUCAUAAGGUGACGGUGUCUGGGAAGCCGAUCAUCUCUAGCACGGCUGGGUUCCGAGUGACACCGGGAAGCAAACAGCAGGUGCUUCACCGUGACGAUAAUGACUAUCACCCACACGAUGCGCAACUGCCCGUGAUGAUUGGCUGUGUGACUGCAUUGACGAAGACAAACAAGGAAAAUGGAGCGACCGUUGCCAUUCCGGGUUCACAUCUCUGGGGCCCGGAACGGCGACCAUUAGAUGAGGAGGCCAUUCCUGCAGAAUUGGAACCCGGUGAUGCGUUUAUCUUCUUGGGGAAUCUGUAUCAUGCUGGUGGUGCAAAUGUCACAGAAAACGAUUAUCGCGAAACGGUGGGAAUUUUCCUCUGCAAACCAACACUACGUCCAGCCGAGAACCAGUUCUUGGUAGUUCCCUUAGAGCGAGUGAAGAAGAUGAAGCCUCAGGCCCAAAGACUUCUAGGGUACGGGGUCUGCGAGCCAGGGGUUGGAUUCAUGUAUUAUCAGGAUCCAAUGAGGGCGUUGUUCGGCGUAGAGGAUGAAGAAACUGUUGAUAUGUGA